GCACCGUCAAAGUUCAUGCAACGGCAAAACUGUUCUAACCAAUCGGAGCGUUUCGGCCCGAGAUUUUCGAUCUUGGGGGGAAGCGGCACAUUUUUUGAUCGCUCGUGGGACGGAUGUAUCGAAAGGACAUUCCGUUUGCCACGCACAAGCUUGUGACGCGGCGGAAGCCACGGCAAGAGCUCUCGGACGAGCAACGGAAGGAGCUGGUCGAGGCAUUCGACCUGUUUGACACGAAUAAGAGUGGCAGCGUCGACUACUACGAGCUCAAGGUCAUGAUGCGGGCUCUGGGGUUUGAUGUAAAGAAGCAAGAAGUGGUCAAACUCGUGGAGGAAGUCGACGUCCAUCGGUCGGGACGGGUGCACUUGGACGACUUUUUGGAGAUCAUGCGCAGAAAAAUCACAUCGCGAGACCCCGACGAAGAAAUUAUCAAGGCAUUUGCGCUCUUUGACGACGACCAGACGGGGGAAAUCACACUCAAGAACAUGCGCCGCAUCGCGAAAGAAAUGGGCGAGACCCUGACAGAUGACGAGUUGCAGGCCAUGAUCGACGAAUUCGACUCGAACCAAGACGGAGUGAUUUCGCAGGAGGAGUUUCUCUCCAUCAUGAAGCAAUCCAGCAUGUACUGAGUUCAAUGUUACAUGAAAUCCACGUCCGUGGUAAUGCAUAAGAUGGCGACCCCCGCCACGAUGGAAGCUAU